AAGAAGAAAGAGAAAGAAAAUAAAGAGGAGGAGAAGGGGAAGAAGAACGAGGCGAAUAAAGAGGUAAAGAAGAACGAGGAGAAUAAAGAGGUAAAGAAGAAAAAACGGAAGGGCAAAAAGAAAGCAGGGGAGCAGUCCACAACAGAGGUGCAGGUGAAAGCCCCCAUCGCGGCCCCGGAGCCAGAGCUCAGAGCAGAGGCGGAGGGGGAGGCUGAACAGGAGAGGCAGGAGGAGCCGGUAGAGGCCCAGGACCAUCACUCCAUCAGCAGCACAGAGACACAGACAGCACAGGCGGAGCAGAAGGCCAACACCGAGGUAGAGAAGGAGGCGGUAGAGGGGGAAGAGAAGGAGGCGGGAGUAGAGGAGAAAGAGAAGAAAGAAGAAACAGAGGAAGAGCCAGCCGAGCAGAUGGAGGAGGAGGAGGCAGAGGCGAACGGAGGGGAAGGGGAGAACACUAAUGGGGAAGACAAGACGGCUUUAGCAGAGGAGGCCAAACCCUCCAAGCGUCCGCGGAUCAUGCAGUGUAAAGUCACCCUCCUGGACGACACUCUGUUUGAGUGUGAGCUCGGUAAACAUGCGACGGGCUCGGAUCUGUUUGUGAAGGUGUGUGACCACCUCAACCUGCUGGAGAGAGACUACUGUGGCCUGGCCGUCUGGGAUACCCCCACCUCCAGGACAUGGCUGGACGCCUCCAAAGAGAUCCGGAAACAGGUGGCAGAUUAUACCUACGAGUUCACUUUCAACGUGAAGUUCUACCCUCCUGAUCCAGCUCAGCUCACAGAAGACCUCACCAGGUACUACCUGUGUCUACAGCUGCGUAAAGACAUCCUGAGUGGCCUGCUGCCAUGCUCCUUUGUAACUCUGGCCAUGCUAGGCUCCUACACGGCCCAGUCUGAGCUGGGGGAGUAUGAUCCAGAGGUCCACGGCUCUCACUACACCAAGGAGCUGAGGCUGGCCCCGGGACAGGGCAAAGAGCUGGAGGACAAGGUCAUGGAGUUGCACCGCACAUACAGAUCCAUGAGUCCAGCCCAGGCAGACAUGUUGUUUCUGGAGAAUGCCAAGAAGCUGUCUAUGUAUGGAGUGGAUCUGCACCAAGCCAAGGAUCUUGAGGGUGUGGACAUCACGCUAGGGGUGUGUUCUGGUGGUCUCAUGGUCUACAAGGACAAGCUGAGGAUCAAUCGUUUCCCCUGGCCCAAAGUCCUCAAGAUCUCCUACAAGCGAAGCAGCUUCUUCAUCAAGAUCCGUCCCUCUGAACAGGAACAGUACGAGAGCACAAUCGGCUUCAAGCUGCCCAACUACAAGGCCUCCAAGAAGCUGUGGAAGGCCUCAGUGGAACACCAUACCUUCUUCAGGGUGUCGUCCGUGGAGCCCCCGUCGUCCCGCUCCCGGUUCCUGGCGCUGGGGUCAAAGUUCAGGUACAGUGGCCGUACCCAGGCCCAGACCCGCCAGGCCAGUUCCAUGAUCGCCCGGCCCGCCCCACGCUUCACACGGUCCGCCAGCAAGAGGCUGUCCCGCACCAUCGACGAAGCUGGAGAUGAUGAUCUCCAUGCCUCGCAACUCUCUGCUAGUCCAAACAAGACCGAGGAUGACGAUUGGUUCUUCAUGCUGGGAUCUGACCAACCCCAGACCUUUUUUUCACCAGCCAGAGGGGGGGAGACUUCCACUCAGAGCUGGGAUGAUGGCAAGUCCGUCCAGACAGUCAGACAGGCAUGGCAGGAGACUGAGACAGGCCAGACGGUCAGUCGGACAUGGCAGGGACGGGUGUCUGAUGAACAGCAGCAGGGGAGACUGGUGGAGGAGAAAGAGGAGGAUUGGUUUGUCCUGCUGGGCAGACAACCCUCCCUCCCCUAUGUCCCCUACCCCAUGAUAAAACCGCCAGUCAAAUACCGCUCUGCCAAGGUGGCAAAGGUGGCCACGGCCAACAUUCUGGAGAGGCUGCUACAGCCAAGGCAGGAACCAAGUGAUGACUGGGUCAUGCAGUUGGACCGCAGCUUUGAGUUUGUAGACACACCUCCAUUCUCUCCCCCAGUCUCCCUGGAGAAGGAGGAGACUAGGCAGGAGAGGAGGGAGGUGAUCAAGAGGCUCCAGGAAGGAGUGUUCCUGGUGGAGAAGCUGAGGGAGGUAGAGGUGCUGGAUGAGAGACUGAGGGAGGUGAAGGUUCUGGAAGAACGGCUGCAGGAGGUGGAUGAGCUGGAGGAGAGGAUACAGGAGGAGGUGGAGGCCAGGCAGCAGCAGGGGGAGGAGGGAGGGGUAGAACAGGAGGGGGGGGAGGAGGAGGUGGUAGAGGCAGCGGAAGAGAAUGUGGAGGAAGUAGAUGAGUUGGAGGAGCAGAUUAAGGAGGUGUUUCUCAAAGGAUUGCUGCCAGAUGAGUCAGGGGAAGAUGAGGGACUAAAAGAGGAGAGUAUGGAAGAGGCAGAGGAAUCUGAAGAAGGGUGGUCAAAUGUGGCGAGCACCUCCUCUGUGGUACGGAGAGUAGAGUGGAGGACCCAGAAUAGUGUGACUAUAGUGAAAGAGAUGAGGCAACAAGAAGGAGAGAUGGAGGAGGAGACGGUGGAACAGGUGGAGGUUUCAGACGAGGGAUUGAAAGAGGAUGAAGGAUGGUUAGAGGAGAGGAAGCGUCAGGCUUUGGAGGAAGGGUUGCCAGAGGGGCUUGAGGAAAGGAGAGGAGAGAUAAGAGUGGAAAGGAGGAGGAAGAAGGUGACUAUAGUGACACAGGAUGAGAGUCUUCCAGAUGAACUAGAGAAGAAAGCAUCUGAGAAGUUGUCAGAGGACCAGAUAGGAGGCCAUUUUUAUAAAGAAGGACAACUUAUGGUGAAAUUCAAUGAACUAUUUGCGGCAGAGAAGUUAGGGUUACCGGUAGUUACAAUUCAGCAGUGGCUCCAAGAACAGGAGUGGCUCCAAGAACAGGAAAAGGUCAGGGAGGAGAAACAGGAGGAGAGAGUGGAACAUGGGAAGGUUUCAGGCAAGGGAUUGAUAGAGGUGAAAGGAGGUCUAGAGGAUAGGAUGCGGCAGAUGUCGGAGGAAAGGGUGCCAGAGGGAGAGCAGACUGUGAAGAAAACCAAGAAAACAGUGAGAAUAGUGGAAGAAAUGAGGAGAACACAGAAGACACUCGAGGAAAAGUCAUCAGAGGACAUUUUAUCAGAGGAAAGGCUGGGAGAUGGAUUUUAUACAGAGGGGGAAGUUUUGGUGAAAUUCAGAAAGGAUGUGGAGAGGGUUCCACAUAGAGUCAGACAAAUGGAGAAGCCCCAAGAAGAAGAAGAGGUGGUGGAAGUGAAUAUGCAGCCAUCCCAGCCAGAAGACAAGGACGAUUGGGUUGUGCUGCUGGACAGCCUCCCACAUAAGACUCUUUAUAAGCCUCCAGUCAUUCCAGUCGACUCCGCUCUGGUGCCUGUGGUCUCCACAAGAUUCUCUGUGGUGUUAGUAGACACGGUCGAGCAGAGAGCACCAGAGAGGGAAUGCAUUGAAGUGGAGGCCACACAGCAACAGCCUGAAAGGGGGUUGGUGGAAGGACGGAGACCGUGGCAAAUGCAGGAAGAUGAUUGGUGUAUGCUCUUGGACCUGGCUGAUCGUGUUCCUUCAGGUGUACCAACCACACCAGUUUCAGCUUCUUUGCAAGAGCAAGUUCAGGUGUACGUAGAGGAAACCAUCUCUUCCAUGGUUAAAGUGAUGACAGUAGUGCAGAGAGAGGAGAGCAGGGUGACUGUAGUGGAGGAGAUGGAGUUACAGGAAGACCAGAGCCGUCUGGAACAGAAACCGUCACAGUCACAGAGAGAGAUGGAAGAUGACUGGGUUGUCCUGCUGGACAUUGUUCCCAGAGAACCAUCUGUGAUUCCGUCAGUAUCUGAGGAAUGUGUGUUUGUACCAGCUUCUGUGGAAGAGCGUAUUCCGGUAUACCCUGAGGAAAGUGUCUCCUCUGUGGUUGAGUUGACGACAGUAGAGCAGAGAGAGGAGAGAAGGGUGACUGUAAUGGAAGAGAAGCAAGAGGAGCGACAUCAAGAAGAAGUUAUACUUCCACCACAGCCAUCAAGAGAGAUGGACGAGGACUGGUUUGUGCAACUGGAUGUCGUGCCCAGAGAAACAUCCUAUAUACCACCAGUCGCUCCAGCAGAGCCAACACCGGUUUCUCCAGAUGUGAUCAGCCCUGUGGUUGAGGUAAAGGCUGAAAAGCAGAAGCCAGUGGUGGUUCUGGUGGAGGAGACGAGGCCACAACAGAAACAGGAAGUAGAGGAGUGGCAGCGACAACCAGAGAGAGAUGAUGAUUGGUUUACACCGUUUGCUGAUGUCCGUGAGGAGCCGAUCAUUGUACCACCAGUUGCUCUUGGUGAGCAUACUCCGGUAUAUCCAGAUUUAAGCCAGACCACCUCUGUGGUUGAUGUGACGACCAUAGAAAAAAUAAUGAAGAAGAGGGUGACUAUUGUUGAAGAGAGGUGGGGACAGCAAGAGGAGAUACUCCAGUCAGAGAUGAUCAUCUCAGAGCAGAGACCACCAGCAGAGAGAGAGGAGGGAGAUGGCUGGUUUGAUCUGUUGGAUGCUGUCCGUGAAGAACCUGCUGGGGUUCCACCAGUUUCUCUGGCUGUUAGCGAUAGGGUAUACCCAGAGGUUGUGCCAGCCAAACAUCUGACCAUUGAGCCUGAACCAAGAGUGUUUGUGGUGGAAGCAGUCAGAUCCCUUCCUGAAGACGUUGCCCUGGGGGGUAAGGCAACACAACCGCAGAGAGAGCUGGAUGAUGAUUGGUUUUUGCAGCUGGAUGUUGCCCCUAAAAUAGCAGCGUUCCACGUAGACAGAGAGGUUAUAGAGCUGGUACCCCGGAGAACAGUGGUUGUGGUGGAGGAAACUAGGAAACCACCUAGAGUGGUGGAGGACAGACGUGAACCGGAGGUUGAACUGGUGAAAACACUGCCUCCCCAAGAGAGAGGGGAGGGUGAUGAUUGGUUGACGCUCUUUGAAGCCUCUCGUCAAGAGCCUGUGAAGAUGCCAACAGUUGCUGUGGUAACUAGACCUGCCACUGUGGUUGACGUGAUGAUGACGAGCACAGAGCAGAGAACCCAGAAAAGGGUGACAAUAAUGGAGGAGAGCUGGAGAGAGGAGAGGAACCUGCAGCAGAGACUGCCUCAGAGACAGAUAGAGGUGGACGAUGAUUGGUUUGUCCUGCUGGAUGCUGCCCCUAAAGAAUUAGGUCCAGCCGCUCAGCCCAAACCCACAGUGGUGGUUUCUGAGGAGAAGAGACCGCUGUUUGAGAGGAGGGUUCUGGAGAAGAGACCGCUGUUUGAGAGGAGGGUUCUGGAGAAGAGACCGCUGUUUGAGAGGAGGGUUCUGGAGAAGAGACCAGCACAACCCCAGAGAGAUGUGGAUGACGAUUGGUUUGUGUUGCGGGAUAAAAAAUCGCGUGCAGUGGUGGCCACCCACAAGGCCGCCCGUCCGGUCAGCGCCCCAGUCUUCUCCCAGGCAGCCCUGAUGGAGGCAGGGAUCCCCAUGCCCCCCCUGGACCUCCAGCAGCCCCAGACCUCCACCCCCAUCAGGCUGCCAGCCCGCCAGGACGACAGGAAGCUGGAGGUCACCGUGGAGGCGGUGGACGAGGGCUCAGCCGAGGUCAAGUCUGAGCAGACGGACACUGAGGAGCCGGUGCAAAUGAGGAAGAAAAGAGCUAAGAGAACUGAGGGUGACUCAAUUUAUAUCAGACAUAGUCUUUUAAUGUUGGAGGACUUUGAUCAUCCCCAGGAGGAUCUCAUCAGGCAUCAUACUAGUAUCAGUGAGCUGAAGAGGAACUUCAUGGCGUCUGUCCCAGAGUCCCGGGGGCCCAGCGAAUGGGACAAGCGCUUGUCCACUCACUCCCCCUUCCGCAGCCUGGGCAUCAACGGACAGCCUUUGCCCGAUGCCGACGGGAGUGUGUGUAUUACUCCUAUAAGUGAAGAGCUGGACACUAAGGCAGCGCUGCAACAGGAUGAGUCCAGCAGCACUGUAAGGCCAUCGGGGAGGCCCAGCCCCAGCCCUGCUAGCACAGAAACUGGGCCUGAUAGGGUUGACUCCAAAUCCCAUGAUGCACCUGUGGUGGCAGGGCCAUGUGAUCAGGAGGAUGAGCAUGUUAGCUCUGGGACCACCAUCGUUGAGGUGGAGAGGGCACAGCUGCCCCACUCCUAUCAGCUCCAGGGUACAGUGCUGGAGGAGGAGGAGCCGGCAGACCCAGGGUCGAGGGGGGAGCAGUCUGGGAGGAUAACUGGAGCCUCCCACACCUCCUAUUUCGUGAGCGGUGUUCCCCAUGUCAUACGCUGUUUCCAGCCCCCUCUGGUGCAGACCCAGACAGUCACCAUCACAGACGUGUCCAACUCCCUCCCUACUGAUGUCUCCACUAAGGAUGUCCCUAUCGUUCAGACCCAGACUAUCACCUACGAGUCUGCAGAGGGGUCAGUUGACGGGACAGACGGGGGGAAAGAGGCCACAGCACUGAGCAGCAUUCAGACCUUUACCUCAGAGAGCAGCAGGGAAACCAGUGGCACCUCCAUUACUACCACCACCACUCACAUCUCCAAGGUGGUGAAAGGAGGAGCGUCAGAGACCAGAGUGGAGAAGAGAAUCGUCAUCAGUGCCGACUCAGAGGAUGACCAGGGAAGCGACGGCGGAGCAACAGCAAUGUGAUUCAGCUCAACACACAGUCAGGGAGCCCUAUGGAUCUGAUGCUCAAGACACCAGAGCUUUGUAGUACAGGGGACCAAGUGACUAACCUCCCUGUCCCAGAGCCACCCCCACCUCCUCAACCCAUACUGACAUUGUGUCCUGACUGGUCCCCUCCAGAACCACCGUGGAUGCAUCUCAAAUGACCAGAGCCCUGGUUGGGAUGCUUCCUGGUGUCUCCCUGCCCAGUGGGAUAUGAACAGGCCAGGGAGAAAGCCUAUUGUGUCCUCUCUUUCCAUACUGCUGUACUGACUGUAUGGUGGCUUCAUUUUGGUCUAUUCCACUCAAACCUCAUAUUUCGCCAAAUUACUUUUUUUUAAAUGAUUGUAGUAGGAAAGAUGAACCUUUUCAGUUCUAAGAGCAUUUAGGUCGUUUGCUUUUAAAUGUUUAUUUACAACAUAUUUUUCUGUCGUUUGUAUUGCUACUACUGUAUCAUUGAGUUUAAGUGUGGACUCAGCGAUAUGACAGAGAUGCAGAAAGUAAACAGCGUAGUGGGUCAAUUUCAGCAAAACAACUAAGAGCAUUGAAGUGAGAGGCUCAACUUCUCCUCUGUUUUGGUGCCAUGGUUCCAACGCUGUGAACAGAGUGAAGCGAACCCGUGCACAUGCGCAGAUACUGUGUGAGAGCAAAGUCUUGCUUCUCGCUCAUCUCAAUAUCUGCGGUGCUGGUCGAGGCAACGGCAUUUUACUGAGUCUCCCUUUAACAUGCUCAUUUUGAUAGAAAUGCACUGUUUUCAACUGAGCUUUAAGUAAUAACAUUAUCAGACUUUUUCAAUCAGAUUAAGAUGCUGAACAGAAACUAGACGUAUUUUUGGAAAGGGAUAACUCCUUUGAGUUUGUUUACGUUUGUAAUUGAGGAAUAUUAUUUUUUUAUUGAAUAUUCAAAUUGAAAUGACAUACCUCACUUAAAAGUAUUGAACAAAGAUAUUGCAUACUCAAACAAGCAGGCCUGUUUUGGAUUUGUUCUCUGCUCAGGUAAAAUAUCUCUUUCUUAACCAGCCAAGUUAACAUGUGUAAUACUACUAGGUCAGGCCACGAUGACCCUCGUUAUAAACUUUGACGUGAUGACAACUGUCUGUUUUGAAAUGUUUACUCUAUUUUAUAGCAUUACUGCUUUUAUAGUAUUUGUACAAAAUUAGGUUUUUAAGUUAUUGAAGUUCAUAUCCUACCCAAUGGUAGCUUCUCAUAUCAAUAUUGUCUUUUUUUUUUUUACAGCUUGAGUUUGGGAGUGUCCCAUGUUUCCCAGUAGGUAUUCAGCAUUGUUUUUUCUUCCUCUUUUAACGCACCUUUGACCUCUAGGACUGCCCCACGCAGUCUGAUGUGAGAGCAAUGGAAAGUCCCGCUGUGUAUUGUCCCUUAAAAUGAUUUUAGAUCGAAACGUGAUUGAUUUUCAAACCUUUUGUUGUUGAUUUGAUGAAACAAUGCUUUAGUCUGUUUCUCCGGUUUUAUGUCUUUGUCAAUACUGCAGGACAAAACCCCUCUGUAUAUGAUUGUAUGAAGAAUGUUCAGUCUUAAUGUACAUUCUAGCCCUGCAGAUAGAUGGGUCCAAAUGAUACUCAGCUCUUAAACACCGUAGUACAUGUGCAAGAUGUAUUUAUCACUAUCAAAAGGCAGCUGUCCCAGUGUAUGUGGCUUUUCUUUCAUAUAGGGGAACAUAUUUUGUCCUUUUGUACAUGUUCUACCAUCAUUUCUUUGUAAAGUAGAGACUGUUUCAUGUGAUUCAUUGUACUGGGAUGUUUUUUAAAACACGAACAUGUUUGCAGGCUUUCAGACACAGAAGACACAUUCAUAAUCAUCUAGUUUGUAUAUCUUUCUUACCACCUGUUUUAGAGUAGAUUCCUCUACCAGUUGCUGUACCCUGUCCUUUUGUAGAUCAGAUAAAGAUACGUGUAUGAGAACCCUUUUAGAGAAUGACAAUUGGUAGCAGACCUUUCUUCUCCUCUGAAGAAGUUUGUGAAGGUGGCACAAACUAUUAGCUAGAAGGAUCUUGAGGGCAUAAACUAGAAUCUCAGCAGAACCCUUCGUUUUUAGAUUUGUAAACAUAUUGUUGCUUUUCUGUGACAUAUCCCUGUCUUAAAGUUAAAUAAAAUCAGAAUGAAUUAUCAAGUGG